GGACGAACAGCAGCCAACCGCGUGAGUUGGGCCCGCAUACAAGAGGCGCUUGAACGACCGGGGAGAGGCACCGAGAGCGUUCAGCGCCUCGCCCCUCAGCAGCGGAAAGGCCCCGUUAAUGCGCCACCCAUCGCUGAGGGCCCUUCCGAAGGCUGAAGGUGGGAUCUGAGUGUUAUCGAGAUGGGGGCACCCAGGCGUUGGGUGUUGCAAGGUCUCGUGUGGUUUAUUACAAGCUAACGGAAUUAGCGCGACUCAGGACUGGUUUAAUGUGUCUGCUGCUAAUUUGAAAAGAAAAUGGAUGCAGAUACUUCCGUUGACGUAUUUUCUAAAGCCCUGGAAGCUCAGAUGCUUCAGACAGCUAAGAUUGUAGAAGAACAGCUUGAUGCUGAAAUGCAAAAAAUGGAUCAAAUGGAUGAAGAUGAACUGGAACUUCUCAAACAAAAAAGGCUUGAAGCACUCAAGAAAGAUCAGCAACAAAAACAGGAAUGGCUUUCAAAAGGACAUGGAGAAUAUCGAGAAAUCCCCAGUGAACGAGAAUUUUUUCAAGAAGUAAAAGGGAGCAAAAAUGUGGUCUGUCAUUUUUAUAAAGAUUCAACCUUCAGAUGCUUAAUAUUAGAUAAGCACUUAACAAUACUUGCAAAAAAGCAUAUUGAGACUAAGUUUAUCAAGUUAAAUGCUGAAAAAUCACCAUUUCUUUGUGAGAGACUUCACAUCAAGAUAAUUCCCACAUUAGCACUAAUAAAAGAUGGAAAAACUCAAGAUUAUGUGGUUGGAUUUACUGAUCUUGGCAACACAGAUGAGUUCACCACAGAGACUUUAGAAUGGAGAUUGGGUUACUCAGAUAUCAUCAACUACAGUGGCAACUUAAUGGAGCCGCCUUUCCAAAGCCAAAAGAAGUUUGGAACCUCUUUCACAAAAUUGGAUAAGAAAACAAUCAGAGGAAAGAAAUAUGAUUCAGAUUCUGAUGAUGAUUAGAAUUCAUGAUACAAAUAUUUGUAAACCAUUUUUCUUUUAUGUUUGAUACAUUUUUAGGAAUGUUUUAUACAGCUUUUUGCUUUCAGAACAUUUGCACAUCACACUCAUUUUCUAACAGUUUUAUAGAGCUCAUGAAAGGAAAUCUUCCUCUUAGAAAAUAAUUUCUUCAUAAAGAAAUUUGAACCCUUUUGAACUAUGUAAUAUGAGAGGUGACUUUCAAUAUUUUAUUAAUUUAACAAUAGCUCUCUAACUUGCAUCUUAAAAUUUAUACCAUUUAUCAUUAAGGUAUUAAUGAAGGACUUCUGUCAAGAAUUGUUAUUUAAACUAUUCUUGAAGUAGUGCAUUAAUAAAAGUCAUUCUAAUAAUACCAUGAGUGUGACUUUGCGUACUCUUAACUUCAUUGCACUUCAUAUUAUAAAAUUCCUGUAGUUUUUCUUUAAGUCUGCCAGCUGUGUACACCGCAUGUUAGAGCUGAAUUAGCAAUAAAUAUUACAUGACAAAUAUACUGAACUAAAAUUCUAAAAUUGAAGGACAGCUUAUAUUUUUUUAAAACAAACCACAGGAAAAAUUGAGAUUUUUAAACUGAUACGAAUACAAUUUAAUACAAUGUCUUGCACUGUUCUUCUUCACUAAUAUAUACAUUUCCUGGUGCAUCUUUUUGAAAAAUUAACAAUUCUGUAGGUAAAUAUUAAUAGCCUGGUAGGUAAAAGAAUAUUUUCCUAUAUAUCACAUGUAGAUGUCCUCCACCUGCAAAUUAUUACAUUUUAUCUUGUCUUAGGAAAAAAAUAAAUCUCACAGGAACUUAAAAUGUACAGACUAAAGCAAGUAUGGGAACUUUCCAUUCAAUCAAAUAACAGUCACUGCUGGGCACAAGAUUACUGCAACUAUCUUUUCAAGAGGAAAGAAAAUGAGAUUUAAGUUUCUUUAUAUUUUCUUCUAUGAAAGAUAAAGACAUUUUGUAGGUGAGGGGCAAAUGGAGGUAAUAUACAUCCCACAAGUAAAAUCAUGCCAGAGUUUUGGAAUCACAUUUAAGCUUUAGUUUGCUUUCUUCAAAUGUUGGAUGGAAACCUUGAAUUUCUCAAAUCACAGAAAUAAAGCAUAAGUUCAUGAGACUAGCCACAGGGCAGGGAUACAAGGCAGUGGGAGAGAAAUAACUAAAACAUGGCUUUCAGCUAGGAAGACAGGUUUCAAUGUGAGUCACUUGGAUGGGUAUAGUUUAUAAUAAGGGCAUCUGACUCUCAUUUUAUAACAUAGUUUCCAUAAUAGUUAUAAAACUUAACUGGCUUAAAAGAUUGAUAUUACUCCUUAAUGAUGUCGGUUUUAUAGUGUUCAAUUACAUUACAUUAAAAUAGUACUCCAAGUACUAUAAUCCUAAAAUAUUUUAUGUCUCCUUAGAGAUUACUUCAUUUUUCUCAAUUUGCUCUUUUUAUAUUUAUGGAUGAGGCUUAUUACAACAAAGAAGUAAAAGAGGCAUGGCUUGGAAUAUUAACCUGGUAGAUUAAAUACAUCUAUUGCCAUUUGCCAUUUGGAGAAGGAAUGAUCUGGUCCUGUCCAGGGACAGUGCUUGCUUCUCUGGAGAUGUGGCUUCUACAGUAGUCAAUAUAGCACAAUCUAAUAAUUGACAUGUCUUCCACAUUUUGCUUUUUGCUAAUCUUUUAACUUGCAAGUAUCUCAUCUGUAAAAAUGCCCCUUCUACAAUACCCAUAGUUAAGAACAUUGCAGUUAGAUUUCAUCUAUAGUCUUAAGUACCCUGUACACUGUUUCUGAUACCAUUGCAUGAUUAUUUAUCUAGAAUUAAGAAGAAAGCUCCUGGAUAUUAGGCAAUAGUGCUUCCCUGCAUUUUAAAAUUUGUUUCAAUAGAUUAUUGAUUCAAGAAAAGUAAAAUCUCUUUCUUUGAUAUGAUACUCUGGCUUUUCUGAGUGCACAUAAAAGCCAACUCAUCACCAAAUCAAAUGAAUUUUCAAGGAGGUAAUAGGAAGGAGCUAUCUUGAGAAAUACUACAAACCUUUGUACAGAAUUUCUGGCUCUUGUUGCACCCAUUUUUU